UCGCGCGUUUUUCCGCCUUCGCACACCGCGCGCAAAUCUUGUUUGCGCGCAAGUUGGCGCGGUCGCAUCCGUUGUUUUGGAUGAAAACACGUGUGUGGAAGUAGCCCGUGGGGGAAAGAGGGAGGAGGUAGCCUUUAUUUACCGCCUUCCUCCUCCUCCUCCCCUUCCUCCAGAUCUUCUUCAUCAUCAUCCCCAUCCCCUCGCUUGGCUGAGAAGUGCACAUUCCCCCCCACCCCCCUUUUCAUAGAGCGCCCAUCUUUCAUCAGAAGCACUCGAUUCCACCCAACUCGACCCACAGCAGCGAUAACUUGGACACAUCCGCUGACAUUGUGCGCUUGUGUGUGUUCUGCAAGGCUGAAUCGGAUUGGCUUCUCACUGAGGGAGGGAAUUUUUCUUUUGGGUGGUUGUGGGCACAAAAAAAGGGAUUUUAUUAAUUUUUUGCAUGUUUAUUUUUCCCUAAUCAGCCCCCUCCCUGGCUUUAUUAGCAUAAAAUGGAUGCCGUCGACAGGAUGCGGAGGCGCCCUUGGAUUAGCCGCUGAUGUGAUUGACAGCUGAGGGUGGCACAAAGUUUUGGAUAAUCCAGACAGGGGCAGAAAAAGGUGCAGGAUGCAGUCCGGCGUGAAGACGCUCUCAGCAGGUGGAGGUGCUUCCCUCUGUUGCCUUCUGCUCCUCUGGCUCAUCUACUCCCAUCUGCUCCGAGAGGGCCAGUUGGCGGUGGGAACCUGCGAGAUAGUGAUGCUCAACAGGGACAGCAGCGUUCCCAGACGGACCGUCGCCAGGCAGACGGCCCGCUGCGCCUGCCGGAGAGGUCAGAUCGCCGGCACCACACGGGCGAGGCCAGCGUGUGUUGAUGCGCGAAUCGUGCGGAGUCGUCAGUGGUGUGAGAUGACUCCCUGUGUGGAGGGCGAGGUCUGCAGCCUCCUUUUCAACCGCUCGGGAUGGACCUGCACCAGAAGCAGCGGACGCAUCAAGACCGUCACGCCUUUGCCCAAGGAGCCAUCGUAGGAUGCAGCGGUGGGGGAAAAAAGACAACAUGGAAGUUCCCAGAUCCAUGCCGUGAGGUGAGCUGUGGCCAAGCACUCCAGAAGAUUACGUCUGUCCAACAAAAAAGUUUCACAAACUCGACACCGCGCCUUCAGCGUCUCUACUUUCGGCUUUUUUUCUUUUCUGGUAGUUUUAGCAUCAGCAUCGACUCUGAACUGCAGCCAGAUUUAUACGCAUCAAAAUUGAAGUCAAGCCCUGUGCAGCAAAGGUAUCGUAUCAGCAGGAAAUAUUCUUCAACAAGUAUUGGCCGUACAGUCUGAAGGACGCAGUCGACGAGAUUUUAUGAAAGGAAAGUCAGCCCCUUCAUCCUCUCCCUUUGCCGCCGUGAGGCCAUUCGAGCUGAUUUUGCGAACAUCCUUACGACGCCGACUCACCGCAAAGUGAGUCCGCGGGACUCACUAUGGGAUGUAGCCGACAGGUUCUCGGUGUGAAAGAAGAACGACACUGUAAGCGUGGACAUCUAUUGGACUCUCACUGAGGUGGACACGUCACAUGUGAAAAUGGCUGACUCGUAUCUGACCUACAGAGUCAACAAAGUUCGCCGACGUGCUCUAAUUCCGAAUGACUCGGCAUACAACGUGUGCUUUUUGUUGUUUUGAAGGGUAGGUGUUGUCAAUGAAGCUCACUUUGUCAGAAGCAUUUAUGUUAGCAGACCCCUGGCUCAGUGCGAGCGUGUAUACGUGUGCGUGCGUGCGUGCGUGCGUGCGUGCGCACAUCCAGGGAUACACUGUGAAACAAAGCAUAUCAAAUUGAAUUUUUCAUACUUUUGUGCAUUUCUAGGCCCCGCCCCCUGACUGGAACGGUAUGCGCAAACCGAAGGACUAGGAGUUGGGUCCCCCUGGAAAGAAAAUGGAGGGGGAAAAAAAUCUACGAUAACAGAAUAAAAUUCUACUACCGAAAAACAAAAAGGCCUAAUAUUGCUAGAAAAAAAGAUGAAUAAGAAGUUGUUGUUUUAGAGAAGGAAGUCACAAUAAGGUAAAAAAAAAAAAAAAAAAACAACGAUAGCGUUCCCCAACUAUUCAAGUGAGUUUUCCAGCAAAUAAAGCAGGAUAGGUUCCCCCACUCCAAAAAAAAAUUUAAAAAAAAUCAGUAGGAAAAUUUUGCAAAGGAAAAGUUUGACAAGUUUUGCCACAUCAUCACCUGCUGCAGUGUAAACACUUUUAUUGUUUCAAAAAUGACGCACUGUAUUUGUUCAACAAACAUUCAAUGAAUAUCGGACACAUCUUCCUGUUCAUUGGCCUUUGGGGAGAAUUUUGACAUUCACUUGUUAAAAUGGCCACUUUAUUUCUAUGAACAAAUCAUUUUCUCCCAAAAAUGAUGAUUUAUGCAUCGAAAAAGGUGAUUGGGACGCAGGUGGGAAUAGAAUUGAAAGAAGUGACUCAAAAUUCUGCCAGCCAGAACAUUUCCGAUGCCAUCUAUUUGGGAAUCAACUCUAUUUUGAUAUGAAAUGUUUUGUUCAGCUGACUUCAGAUGCUUGAUAUAUUUGACAUGAUAUGCUGUACAUAUAAUAAUACAAUUCAUGUAUUUUAUGUUCAAAGUAAGAUGAUUGCAAAUGUGCAUUAGGCCCCCUUUCACUGAGUUAUCUUCACUUCCGCUGACUGUUGCUAGCGCUACAACAACAAUUGAAUAGUAUAGAGUUCAACUUGUUUCCGUCGGAUGUUCAGAUACUUUGUGCAAUGUCAACAAAACAUCGAGAGCAAUAGAAAGAUUCUGAGAUCACGUCAGAAAAAAAGGUCGUGAAGGUCCAUAUUGUCCGAAUUGCGUCAAAGUCUUUCAUCGAUACGUAUUCUCCCGUCCAGACUCCUGACGCACCCGCCGCGUGUAAACUGGGAAUGAGCGCGGGAAUAGCAGAUAGACCGCAUGCAACCGCGAGAGUUGUACAUUUCAAGGACAUCUGCGAAUAAGAUAAAGGCCACGGUUCAAUUUGAAAUGACCUUUCGUGAUAGCGGGUGCGCAAAGCGCUCCUGCUGCACUUGGACUUUGAAGGAGCGCCAUUUGGGUCGGAAAGAAAUCCAAUCAAAUUGAAUCCCAAUUCUGUGCUUAUGACUCCAUUCAUGUUUCGAAGGCCGUCAAUAAAAAAAAAAUGGCGUGUGCCAACCUUGCUCUAGCUCAUCAGUCCUCAGCUGAGGAACUUUUGUGCCACUUCGUCUUCAUUUCCAAAUACUACGAACCUAUAUAAUGAAACAAUAUGAGUCCCGUUUGACUUUUGUUGAUUCUAUUUAGUUAUUCCAUUGGCGCAUACAGCGAGUGGAAGUGAAGAUAAGCGAGAGAGAGAGACAGCGGACACGAUAACAUGAACGCCAAGGAGCUCUCUUAAAAUCAACAAAACACACAAGCUGAAAUCUACAAAACAAAUUAGCAGUCUAUAAAAAGCUUUUCUUUUCUUUUUUUUUUUUUUUUUUGAAUCUAGGACAAAAGCAUUGUAUUGCAUCAUGUUGUGUUGUGCUGCUCCCUGUUAAUGUGACUAGUCCCUUGUUUUUUCUUUCUUUGUCUUUUUUUGCUGGUGUUAAAAUCCUGUACAUCUCUGUUGUAAAGUAUGCAUUUGAGGAUAUAAAGAGAUUAUCUGCUCGGCGCAAGAGAGACUUUUCCGUGUUUUGUGUGUGCUUGAUGUCAUACCUUAAAUUUCAUGCUAGUUUAUCGCACGUCUAAGUUGGUCUGCACUUUUUGGAUUGUUUUUUUUUUUUUUUUGGCAAACUGUCAGUCACAUUGAACAAAAGCAGAAACAUUUGUUUUUGUAGUGAUUUUCACAAACUGACGCAAAAUACAUGAUAUGCAAAGAAUGUUUUUCAAAUAUAGUGGGGAGAAAAAAAAGUAAAAUCGUGUCUAAAGGGAGAACUGUAGCAAUAGUAACCCUUGGACCUGGCAGAUGAGACAUUAAAAAACAAACAAAUAAUCAAGAAAACUGCUUCAUCAUCUAUCACUCCAAAGUCACCUUUUACCAGUUAAAUGUUUUUUUUUUAAGGAGUAGAAAGUACUGUGUACUGUACAGUAUAAAGAGUAAUUUGCCCUUGUUACCUUACUAACGGUAAUAAUACUGGGGUUUUUUUUCAUUCCAAUGUAAUUGAAGCGGAUCAAAAAUCACAAGAAUAAAGCAGAUGAUAAUACA